AUGGCGUUUGUGGAUGAAGUCCAGCUUGCACAACCCGUGUGCUGGGCGAUCUUUGUGAUCCUGAUGGUCCUGGCAAUGCUGGUGUGGCUGUCCGUUGUGCCUAGUGCCCCGAGGAUGGAGAAGCAGACGCUCUCGGAGACGGCCUCCACUGCGACAGGCCCUCGAAGCAGUGGGUCGACACGCUCAAACUGCGAGGCUUCGCCGGUAAGCUGCUGGUCCCUGCGAGACAUGUGCAGUCUCUGCAUGGGAGGUGAACGCAGACGUGCUGCAGAAGCUGGGAGUGACUGGAGCGCCGAGUACAAGUACGGUCAUGCCAGGUCCGACUUGUACAACACGCCCUUCAGCCCCAUGAACGACGACCUGGACAGCUUACUCCAGGCUGCAGCGGUGGAUCCAAAGAAGCACGAGGAGGUCUCUCGAAAGCUGCGGCAGAUGCAGAGCCUUUGUGCCAGUUAUCCAGGCUCUGGUUGGGUGCAGCCCCGAGAUGUCCGGGUGCUGCUCAGGUUCCUGGUGGCCCGGCAGUUGGACGUGAGUCGCGCAGUACAAAUGCUGCAGUCGACGCUGCAGUGGAGGCAACGGUCAGGCGUCUCUCGUGUUCUGCCGUGUUGGGACAAGGCCUUCCACGAGCACUUCGAUCGAUAUUGGAAGUGCAUGGCCUUCACGGGUCUUGAUCGCGACGGUGACCCUGUGGUCGUCGAGAGGACGGGACUGGCGCAUGGCCCCAGCAUAGCGCGCUGCAGUGACGAGUUCUUGAAGCGCCACGUGAUGUACAACGCGGAGUGCGUCAUGGCAAGCCUGGACUGCUAUCGACAGCAAGGUGGGUGCGGAUUUCAGGUGACAGUAAUCGCUGACCUGGAGGGAGUGGACAUGAGUGUGCUGGAUCGACGACUUUUGGCCUUGAGCAAAGAGCUGGGGAAGAUCGAGUCGGAGAACUACCCAGAGGUUCUCAAGAGAGUCAUUGUGGUGAACGCACCCUGGGUCUUCCCCAUCCUUUUCCAGAUGGUCAAGCGAUUUCUGGAUGCCGGCUCCAUUGCCAAGAUUGUGGUGCCCAAGGCCGAAGAUACGCGACGGGUACUGCUGCAGUACAUGCCUUCUGAGGCCAUCCCCAAGGCGUUGGGUGGAAGCCUCAAGGGGGACGACUACUGCAGCGAGCUGAUUCCUGCCGGGGGUGAAGUCCCGGAGGUGAUCCUGGCGGUUGGCCGCGGCAACGCUGCGGGUCGGCCGGCGCGGGACAAGGUAUGCCUCGGUCCGCAGCAGAUUUGCGCGGAGACCGAAUUCCUGACGGCCGUGCAAAUGUCGGAUGAGCCGUUCAGUUUGUUUCCCUUCGACGGCAUGGUGGGCCUUGGGCUGCCGGCGCUAUCACGUAGCAAGGAGUACAACUUCUUUGGCAACCUUGCUGAGGCGCACCAGCUGGAGAAGGAUCGCUUUGCCGUGUGGCUCGCUACAGAGGACGACCGGGAGGACUCGGAGGUCUCCUUCGGCUCCAUCCCCUCGAGCCGCCUGGGCUCCGACAUCGCGUGGCUGCCCUUAAGCUCCACCACCACCGGCCUGUGGCAGGUCGCCAUGAAGGAUCUCACUGUGAACCUGGUUCGCCAGGGCCUUUGCGCGAAAAAAUCGGGCUGCCACGCCGCCUUCGACACGGGCACCGGCGUCAUUGCAGGGCCCAAGGUCAUGAUCGAUGCCAUCAUGCAGGAGUUGAACGUUGCGACAGACUGCAGUAAUUGGGAUGAACUUCCGGCCUUAGGCUUCGAGCUUGGGGAGCGGAUCUUCAACAUUGAGAAGCACGAGUAUGUGCAGCGCACCAGCGAGGGCUGCUUUCCGCAGCUGGCAGCUUUGCAGGACACUGCGCACGACGGGGCGCCCACGUUUUUCCUGGGCGCCCCAUUUCUCACCCGCUACCUCACAAUCUACGACCGCGUCUUUCUGCGGAUGGGCCUCGCCUUCAGCGCCCACCGGAAGGAGCCCACGGAGGAGACCACCGCGCAGGCGGCCAAGCGACUCUUCGCCCGCGAGGCGAUCCAGUGA